UGGUUUAUAUGGAGCAAAAAUAAAAAAUGGCGCCCGUAAAGAUUUUGUUUUGCCUGUCACUUUAGUAUAAAAUGGCGGUGAGAAUUAUGACAUCACGACUUGUGCAAACGUACGGGACCCAGCAACAUGUGCUCAGUCAAAUCAUAUAUCCUGAGUCUCCUCUUGGCCUCUGUGGCCGUAGCCAACCCAGUGAACCAACACCAGUGGUACAUGAUGCAUUACAAUCUGCAACCUGAACAAUUGGCACAAUCACAACAAAGUGACGGGCAACAAGAUCAGCAGUUGCAAGCAAGUGACUACUCAGGCCAGGACUAUAGCAACGAUCAGAGCGGGUUGUCAGGCCACGAUUUCUCAGGACACGACUUCGGAGGCCACGACAUCGGAGGCCACGACUUCGGAGGCCACAACUACGGAGGCCACGACUUCAAAGCCCAAGUGUACCCAGUCCAUCAACACGUCCACGAGGAAACACCUGAACCAAUUAAGCAUUACAAAGAGGUUGUAGUCCCUCUGCCCAAGAAUGUAGAGUUCAAAAUCAACCAACCUGUUAUCAUACCUGUUCCGCAUCCUGUUCCAAUCCAAGUACCUGUUCCUAAGGCUGUCGUUAUCCCUAUUAUCAAAGAAGUAUCAAUUCCUGUUGAGAAGUCUGUGCCGUAUCCUGUGCAUAAGACCGUCCAUGUCCCAAAGAUAAAAGAGGUUCCUUUUGAGGUGGUCAAACACGUAAUAGUCCCAGUAGAAAAACCUAUUCCAUUCAAAGUACCCGUUUACGAAACUAUCAUUCACACAAAAAAAGGAUCCCACAAAAUCUAAUCUAAUUUGUAAAUAAAGAGCGUCAUAAAAAUGCAACGUACCUGUAUUAUCAACAUAAAUUUUAAUGACGUAAGGUCUGUCUAAUGCUGGUUGUCCUUGGUCCAACUGUCAUUUGAGUUGUCAAAUUCAAAUGACAAUUGGACUUGAAGUUCCACUAGCGCAAUCUAGUGAGGGAAAAUACAGAUAACCCUCAUUGCAAUAAUAUUAUGCAAUUUGUAAGCGUAAUAACAGUUUUAGAAGAUUGAAAAAAGGAAACAAGAUCUUCCAUAAACAAUAUACUCAUACUUCCUCAAUGUAUUUAAGCUAUUUUAUUGUUACUUACUGGUGUUUGUUACCGUGUUGUUGUAUAUUUGUUAUUUUAUUUUUGUUACCUGUUGUGUGAAUGUUGUGUGAUGUUUAACUGUUGCUAAUUUUAUUUUAGGUUAAGUUGUAAAUAUGGCAAUUAAAAAAACAACUUUCUUGA